CUUCACAAAAAAAAGUCUAAAAGGGAAGAAGAGCCUCCUUCAAAGGAAGUGUGGCACCCAGCAGAUUUGGAAAACUCAAACUAGAACCUCUGUACGUGGAUCUCCAAGUUCCACGUCAACAUCAAAAAAUACACGAGGCGGUGGUGCUAGCUUGAAGAAAGGUGAUUUUCCUGGAGACACUCGCAGCAAGUGACUUUCACCCAGAAGGAGUUGCAAUAAUGAGGAUUUCCCCGGUCUUGGUUUGGAUUCUUUUCCCAGGCUGCUGGGCGGUGACGGGCCCCGGGGCUGUGCGCGGCCCCGCGGGCGGGUCGGUGGCUGUGCGGUGCCGGUACCAGGCGGGCUACGAGGAUUAUCCGAAGUUCUGGUGCCGGGAAGGAGGCUUGAUAGGACGUUGGCACUGUUCCAACGGUCACAUCGUCGAGAUCGAUGGGUCGGAGGCGGAGGCGACGCGGGGCAGAGUCUCCAUCCGAGAUGAUCACACCCAGCACAUGUUCACCGUGACCGUGGAGAACCUGACACUGGCAGACACCGGCACGUACCACUGCGGGGUAGGGAGAACUGGGCCUGAUCUCAGAGCCACUGUGGAACUCACUGUCUCCCCAGCUACUUCUUCCCCACCCGCAACAGAAAAGUCAUCAUCAGCGACAUCAUCAGCAACAGUGCAACCAGCUUCUUCCACGUCAAAAUCUACUUCCAUCUGGACAACUGCUGAGGAAGGGAAAUCCAGCUUCUCUGCUAACCAAGAUACCAUGUCCCCUGUGCCCCGAGACUCAGACAUCACCUUCUACAUCCUGCUACCAUGCGUCCUGCUGGUUCUCAUUUUGUUUCUGCUCGCUGCUGUGAUGUUGGUGAGACUGUUCAGGAAGAGGAAAAAAGCGCUUUCAGGAGCAUCUGUGCAGAGGGACAAGAAAAUCAACCUGUCUAAUUUGGGGUCAGAAGAGACAGAAGAGGUUUCUUAUGUCACUGUAACGAUUUCCACCCCCGACCAGCAGCCCAUCUAUGCCAAUGUGGAGCAGCGCCCCAAGACAACACGCCCAGCCAAGCCCCCUGAGGAAACCCUGUACAGCGCUGUGAAGUAGCUACCCAAACACUAACUCUGGAGAUGAGGCAGAGUGGGGAUGGGGGCUGCAUAGUCCUUAUCCAAGCUGCUUGAUCCCUAUCUGGCAAAAUUUGAAGCAACAGGGUUUAGAACCAAAUCUGACCUGUUCAAACUCCAGCAGCUGUUGUAGGCAGAGGAUUUAUGGACACACUCAGCCUGGAACUGGAGUCUGUGGUUUGUCCGAUGGACAGGUGGCCUGAUGGAAUUAAUCAGUUGCUGUUCUCUUGUGAGGAGUGAGUUCAAAGAGCCAAUGGCUGGACUUACAGACAAUGAAACUCCCCAGGAUCUGGUCAGCAGGACAGGAGAGAAACCUUGUGUCUGUGUUUGAAUUUCAUGCACCUGGUGCAAAAAGGGAGCUUAGCAGGACCACGAAGCAAACCUGCCUGCAGGAGGAGUUUCCUCCAGAUCAGGAGAGAGGCUGGUUCCCCCGUCACCACCUCCGACAGCAAGUUCACCUGGAAACAGACCCAGGCAUCCGAGAGAUGGAUGAAAAUAUAAUUUAUAUGCUCACAGGUGUCCUUGUGAUUAAAUCUAUCAGGAUCUGGAAUCAAAUCAGGUCAAGCGCCUACAUCCCAGCCUGAUUUCAUACAGGAACUUAAAAUGCACAGAACUGAAUUUUGAACUGGCUGGACACAGGGCCAUCACCAUCUACAAAAAGGAGCAGUGCGUGGGGAGGAACAUGGGCCUCGGAGCUGUAUCUAUGCGUUAUUGGGGGGGAUGGUAUUAUUGAGGUUGCCUCUCAACACUUCCCAUUAUAAGACCCUGUUUUAGUUGCUUAGACCUUUGCCAAAACAUGAAUUUUACAUUUUCCAUGCCAGGUGUCUAUCUCAGAAUGAUUUUUGUUUUGUUUGUUGUUGUUGUUGAAGUUUCAACCCAACAGUUCAGAUAUUUCUGAGAACACGGCCAGGGAUAAAUAUGCUGUGUUGCAAUGUUAACAAAAAUUCUCUCCAUCUUUUCUUUGAGAAGCUCUAGUGCCUCCACACUUUGGAGCCGGGAGUUGAAAUCUGGCAGUCGAUGGCCCAUGUCUCAGAGACGUGCCCAUUGCUGUGAAAAUCCAGCCAAAUUUGGCCAAUUUAUAAGCCUUUGAAAAAUCCAUGUUUGUACAUGCUCAGUAAGAACUUCUUCCAAUUGCACAGGCCACCUUAAUUCCAGCAUCUCUGAACUUUUCAUUGCUUGAUUUUGCAUCCUUAAUAUUCUUUUAAUAUAUUUUUUUGCAUGUAAUAUGUUAUGCAAGGAGGGCCUUCUAACCACCAUCUUUCCCUCACCCUGCAGUAUGGGUUGAUGGUGUGAAAAUUAUAUUUAUUUUUCUUGCAGAUUUAAGACUUUCUUCUUGAAAAGGGAAUUUGUGACCAUCCAGAAACAAUGAAUUAUUAUAAAUUCUGUUUCACUAGCAACACUCAUUUAUACUGCAUGACCAGUGUUAAUCAGGCUCCCUACAGAAAGCCCAAUGAAGGUGAGAGGGUCAAAAAGUGACUGAACAUUGCUGCACUUCUUAAUAAAUAUGUGGAUCCAGCCAUGAAUUUCAUGCAUUGCUGUGAAUCAUGGGAAACAAAGGACCCUGGAAACAGAAGGCAUAAUAAAAAAGAAGAUCUGGCUUGUG